AUGGCAGUGCCCUCUCGUGCCGAGGAAGCAAUUGACAACAGAUCGGCAGCGGGUGUCCAGAGAUCCCCCAAGCGGAAAUGGACCAGUUAUAUCUGGGAUACAUUCGAUAAAUCUCCAGAGGAGCGUCGGCUGCUUUUCAAGUUGGAUUCAGCCAUCUUGACGUUCGCCUCGCUGGGCUAUUUUAUCAAGUACCUCGAUCAAACCAACAUCAACAAUGCCUUUGUAUCUGGAAUGAAAGAAGAUCUCGGGCUCUACGGCAAUCAACUUAAUUACAUGCAGACCUGCUGGACGGUUGGCUAUGUAAUUGGCGAGAUUCCCAGUAACAUCCUUUUGACUCGAGUUCGACCGAGAUACUGGAUUCCUGCGGCUGAGCUUCUCUGGACAAUCCUCACCUUCUCUUUGGCAAGAUGCAAUACCGCGACUCAAUUUUAUGUUCUCAGAUUCUUCAUUGGUCUCGCCGAAAGCACUUUUUACCCCGGAAUGCAGUACAUCAUCGGUUCGUGGUAUCGAAAAGACGAGCUCGCAAAACGGUCCUGCAUCUUUCACACUAGCAGCGGUAUUGCGAGCAUGUUCUCCGGUUACCUCAUGGAUGCGGUGUAUCGGCUGGGGGGCCGAGGGGGGUUCAAGGGAUGGCAAUGGCUCUUCUUGAUCGACGGAGUCAUAUCGCUUCCGGUGGCCAUCAGUGGGUUCUUCGUGUUGCCCGACGUGCCAGAGAUCUCAAAUCCAUGGUAUCUCAGUAAGGAGGAAGUUGCCCUGGCACAAAAGCGUAUGCAUUUGGAAGGCCGAAAGGAUCGAGGGCCGUUCACCAGGUCGAAAAUCAAGAAAAUUUUCUCCUCGUGGCAUAUUUAUCUAUUGACCUUGCUCUACGUGCUCUUCAAUAACGGCGCCGCCGGCAGUCAGCCAGUAUUCCAACAGUACCUGAAAGACUCGAAGGACCCGGUCUAUUCUGUUGGGCAAAUCAAUUCAUAUCCUACCACGACCUAUGCGGUUCAGGUUGUAACAACAUUAGCUUAUGCUUGGUCGUCGGAUACAUAUCUCAAUGGGAGGCGCUGGCCACCGAUUAUUUUCGGUGCAGUGGUUAAUAUCAUUAGCUAUGUCUCGCUGGCGGUAUGGGAUAUUCCAACCGGAUGGAAAUGGACUUGUUUUAUUAUCAGUGGAGCUGGGUUUGGCUUAAGUGGCCUGUGCAUGGCCUGGGCUCACGAGAUCUGCUCUGAAGACAAUGAAGAGCGGUCCCUCGUCAUUGCAAGUAUGAAUGAGAUGGCAUACGUCCUUCAAGCAUGGCUUCCACUUCUGGUAUGGCAACAGGUUGAUGCGCCGGAGUACCAAAAGGGUUUUAUCACAGUGUCUUGUAUAUCAGUAGCUCUCAUAAUCACGACUUUUGUGGUUCGGCAUCUAGACCACCGAGAAAGAGCAAACAAAUUUGACCAAACUCGACAAGGCGAAGGAACCGACGAUGACCUCUCAGAAUCACCUGUUAUUACGCCAGUAGAUGCGAAGUCGGCAAAGGUCUAG